AUGAAUUCCACAGCAUCGAAGAGCACACGAUCUGUGCAAAAUGAUACAGCCAUCGAAGCGACCGAAAAGAACGAAACCUGGCGUGUCGACCCGGAAACGCUUGCCGCCUACGGGAGGAACCCAGAACAGUGGCUAGUGGUUUGCCCGCCGGUCGCCGAUGGUGACAUGUCUGUUUGCUACACCCUACGCAACACGACAAGCUUGAUACAACAGGAAUCGGGAUGCCGAACGUUGUUCAAAAAACACUUCAUCCCGCGCGAGGGUCUGAUCUGCUCGAUGAACCACGAAAAAGCCCUGAAGAACCCGGGCACCGAAUACUGCGUCUGCUACACCACCAAUUGCAACAAGCCCAAGGAGCAGGAA